ACCUCCUCCUCUCGCUCUCUCUCUCCUCCUCUUUUACACAAACAUACUCUCACUAUUUUCUCACUCUCUCAUCACGUAAAACCUGAUCGUCUCGAAGAACUGUUCUUCAAAAGAAAAAAAACCCCACCAUUCCAUUACUCACCUGGCCCUUUUCACACACACACACACACACACACACACACGUUAUAUAAUUAACGAUUUCUCUUUAUUAUCUUCAUCAUAAUCGUCUCUCCCCACCUUCUCUCUCUUUGUCGUUAUUUCAGUAAAACUUCACAUACAGAUAUUUAAAAAGUCAGCAAUUUAGGGCGGAGAUGGCAGGAACCAUCAAAGACCAACAACCAGGAUACUUUAACUUAACAACACCCGAUUCAUUUAUACUCUUUGGUGGACCCGUACCGUUUGACCCCCAUCGUUGACCUUUUCUGUUCUUUUAAUUUUCUUGUUCACUGUUUUGUCUUUUGAGGUUUGUCUUGUCCAUAAAAUAUAAGGCUUUUUUUAUAUUCAGAAUAUCGGAUUGAGGGAUGUGGGUGGGGUGAAUAUAAGAUAAAAGGAGACGAAAUACGUAUUUGUGAAACAAUAUGAUAAGCCAUAUAUUGUUUGUCUUGUUUAAUGUGUACAUAGGAAUAUACGUACGGGCCUAUACACACACACAUUCAGUCACGCAUACACACACAUACACCACUUACUUUCUCAUUCCCUUACACACACACACACUCUCGUACACCCAUACCCGCUGUCAAUCGUAAACUCACUUAUACACACAUUACUACAUGAAUAUUCGUUCUUAUACACACUUUGACUCAUAUAUAUAUAUAUAUAUAUACACAUAUUCAUUCAUACUCUUAUACGCACGUGUAAGAAGUUGAAACACUCCUUCAAGUUUUAUAAACCCUCGUCCGACCCACGCAAUUAAAGCGGACUCCCACUCUCUUUCUCUCUACCCACAACGGACCCAUAGGACCCAUAGCGACUACACUUAACACUUCAAUCUAAAUUUUAUUUCUUCCUUUUACUUUUACAUAUUUUAACGUUACUUCAUCACUGUAAUGUUAUGAAUAUUCAUGAGUUCAUUUGCGAGAUCAAUAUUAACUAUUUUAAACCUUUGCUCAUUUUUCUCUCCGUGUAUCUAUGUUGGAAAUUAAUGUUUUUCUGACUUUUGAACCGUUAAGGCUCUAUUUAGUUACCUCCUUGUACGUUCAAAUCCUGUCCGAGUCAAGAUUGGUUUUCAUCGUUCCGGGUUCGGUAAAAUACCUCAGCAGUCAAGUACGAGAACAGAUCGCAUCAAACUAGAUCCUGUGUGGGCCUCGUGUGUCUGUUAGCUAUUAGCGUCACAUUCAUCGAGGACUGGCUUUGUGGAGUCGCUUGUAUUAUUACAUUCCUUGCCAGUUAUUUAGUAUUUUCUCCAUUCCUCAUUCCUGAUUUUCUUACGGUUUACCCAUUCCUAUCUUGUUGAAGUUGCUCCUUCAAAAUAAUUGGUAAACUUUUAUAUUUUACUAAUUCUUUCUUUCUGAGACUGCUUUGAUCAAAUUAUCCUCAAACCAAAGACCUGUCCAUAAUACUUUCAGAAUGGUUUCUGUUAAAGGCACCGAAAAUUGGGCACAAAAUCCCCCCCCCCUUUUUUUAAAUAGUGAUUAUGUCUUCAGUUUUGCCAUGAGCAAACAUCCAAUGUUAAAUUUGGGAUUUAAUGCUUGGAGGUUUCCCCCUUGUUUACUUCUUAACCCUUUUGUUCCCAUAUUUCUGUUGAAAUGCACUGCCUUUAUUUAAACUAAUUUUCAAAUUAAUGAAGAAUUUAUUGAAAUAGCUUAUUAAGUUGGAGUUUGGAACCUAAAUUAACCUGAAAUUUUAAGCUUUUAAUUUGGAUCCCUUUGUGUCAUAGAACCAUAGUCAACCUGAGGAAGGUUGGUAUGAAGGGUUUCAUCUGAUGGAGGCGGUAGAGAAUAUUGAUCUGUCUCGGCUACAACAGCAUUCACCUCAUAAAGAACUGCAUCUGUCCUUGCUUGACCUGAUGAAAUAUGUGAGUGUUGGCACCAGUGAAUUAUUACUUUACCUUCUCAAAGAGACCCACAUCAUUCUAGAAUGUCGCACCUGUUCAAAUCUGUUCCGGGAUGUGCCUUAUUUCGUGGCGCACAAGCGAAUUUACUGCAAACAGCGCCAUGAUAGUGCUACAGAUAUACAGAUUGCAAAUCGCAGUCUACCCGAUGAGGAAGGGAAAGCUUCGGUCACUGUAAAACCAAAUAUAUACGAAGAUCAUAAAGAUUUCCUGCAGCAUUCUGUAGAUCUUGCAAAAAAGGUUCUACAAAGCAGCCAGGUUAAUCAUUGUGCACAGAUGUUACCCAACAAUGGACCUACGAAAAGUCAAUUUUAUGAUGCUGUCCAGAAACAGUUGGAAAUUGCACGUGACAAUCCUCAACCAACACAGUUAUUUAGUUUGGAACCCAUGGAAAAUACGCAGGUAGCUGUCAAAGUGAUUCCAAGCGAUGGAGAUGAAUGUUCUGUGGAACAGAAAGAUGAAAAUAAUGACAACACCGACAUCUCUAAAGAGUCUAAAACGGGGAGUAAUUUUUGUGAAUUAAAGUCAGAAUCUUGUGACAAAUUAAAUACAUCCCCCUCUACACCCAUUCCUGUUGCCUCAGAAACCAAAAUUAACUCUGAAUUGGAUAAACCAUUUUUAAAGUCUGAUUUAGCUGAUUUUAAGAACUGUAUCUGUUUAAAAUGUAACCGUACGUUAUCUAAUCAGAAAAGUUUAGGCGAUCAUCUGCUGACUGUGCAUGCAGACGAGCUAAAAGAAAGAUCAGACAGUUGUUGUUCCAAUGCAAACAGCAGUUCUCAAUGUCACCCUAUAAAUGGUUUGAGACAUAAAGUGAACAAAAGUGACUGGUUGAAGCCUCGUGGAUAUUCCAGUUCUGAGAAACUGCAGAACAAAUUGCCAUCUACCAACAACAGUGCCAAAGAUAUGUUGGAUGCUAAAAAGAAAGCUCAGGCAAAUUUGCUGGCUCUGAAGGAAGAACAGCUGGCAUAUGAAAAUGAAAUUUUGCAACAGAAAUUAAUACGAGGAAUAAUGCCAAAAUCUUCAAGAGGUCGGAAGAAAUUUCGCUGUGAGAGUUGUGGUAAAAUAUUCCCCAAGAUUGAAUCACUUCGAGACCACUUGCGUGACUGUAUCGACUGGGAACAUGUUAACCAGCCAGUCCGAAAUGUCCGGAGCCCUCUGCCCUCUCUGAAAGAAGGCAGUAACUCAUUUGACUGGCCGGACAUUGGUAAUGACUCUGCCUACAAGGUACAAUCAUCGAAGCUUCAGAAUCGAUCACAGACUAAAAUUGAUAAUGUUCGCCCUCCUCGGAAUAUCGCACCAAAAGUGCAGCCUGUCACACAGAUUCCAGUAACAGAUAAUUCCAAACUAACCAAAAUAAAUGGUACUUUGAACACUCUAGCUAAAUCUGUGAUGAACGACAGCUUGAUCCUUGCCAAUCCAAAACUGAGCGAAAGUAAGGUCUUACUUUUUCCUCUAGAAUCCAUCAAUAGCAAUCCAAAGCUUAAUGUGACUGUAAAGACCCAGCCACAGACAACCCCAACUGUACUCCUUAAUCCCAACCUAAAUGAAAUCAGUCCCACUUUAAACGUAAUACCUGUAAGUAUCUGUUCUGUCGACAACAACAACAGUAACAACAACAACACACAGGUACCACUCAUUGCUGCAAAUGGUAACAAUACCAACACAUGUGGCAAUUUUGAGACAAAAGACGUAGAAAUUAUUGCUGUGAAAAAUAGUCCUAAUGUUCCUUACCAAGAAUUAAGAACUGUUGUAACUACACAAUGUUGGACUGAGAAGUUAAAUUCUUGUUCGGAAGCAGCUGUAUUAAACAGUGAAAAUAAUGUUUCAGGUGUUGUAGGUAGGCAUAUCCCCAACAUACAACAAUGUCCUGUUAAUUUAGUUGAAACAAGCUGUCCAGACUCAAUAUGUUGUAAGUCUUGCUGUAAUAACGAGGUGCAAGUCUUGGAGCAUUUAUCAACAGCUGCCAAUAAGUGUUUGCCUGAUGCAAGUUGUUCAGCAGACACUGAAGAUGUGAUUGUCAUAUCUCAAAGUUUCUCAAAUAAUUUCAAUAAUGAACAAACAUCCAACUAUUUAAAUCCAAAAGAUCAUGUGACCAAGCCUUCCCAGUGUGAUAAAACUCCAGAAAGAAAUUUUGAAGUUGCUUUGUCGGGUUUUGAAAACAAUUCUGUGGAACAGAUUUCCACUGAAGACAAGCAAACAAUAAAAAAGUCAUCACCUAAAAAUGGUAAGUGUAUCAAAUGGAAACGCUACAAAUGCAAGCUAUGUCUGUUCUCUGCUGCCAAACGCCACAUGUGUAAGUUACAUAUAAGGCAGCAUCACCUCUGUAAGAUAUUCACAUUAUCAGUGAAAGCCUUAAACCAUUAUAUUACUGACUUAAAUAGAUUGACCAAGAAACCAACAGGUUCAUGGCGACGGCGUUCACAAACUCAAAAUAAAUCAUUUCCAUCAUUGUCCACUAAGAAAUCUUCAAAAUGGAAAUCUCUCUCUCGGAGAAAUAAGGACCUUAACCAAUGCCACCACAGUAGUUCUGUAAGUAAGCUGUCCAAAUUAUCUUUAACUAAAAGUAAAGUUGAUAUGAAAACAAUCAUGGACCUUAAAAGACGAAUGUGUCUCAAAUGUAAUCGUACUUUUCAGAUGGUGUCUCGGUUAGAAAAACAUGUUUCGUGUCAUCUUGGCUGGAAGGUGAAUCAUAGUAAACAGAGUUUGGUCAACAAAAGACAGUUAAAGCAGAAAAAUGAAGUGAAUUGUAAUGAAAACGAAAUAACAGAAUGUAUGUUUGUUGAUUUGACUGGAGAACAAGCUACCACAGACUGCAAACAUUUACCAUCUUAUGGGAUUUCUACAGCUGCAGGUUCAAGUGGAACUUGUUCCAAUAAUCACUGGAAUUCUUCUAAUCCAACCAAUGUUUCUCAUGGCAAUCACGGUCAGUUAUCAGUUUUAAACACGAGGAAAGGCUCUUACCAGAAGCCACAAGUACUUCUUGACCCUACAUCCAAAAACCUCAAAAGUAAUGUGAAAAAAGUUGAUUCUUAAUUGUAUUAAACUUAUAAUAAACUGUGUGGUGAGAUUGAUGAAGAAAAGUCUUCUUAAUCACUGUUCCUCUCUCUCUCCCUCUCUCUGGAUUAUUAUAAUCCUCCUGAGCCUUAAUUGUACCAUUUGUGAAUAACCUGAUCCCUCCUCUAGCCCUUUACACAACAUUUUACUCACAUUUUAUGUCUGAGUUUCUUGUGCAAAUGUCUUUAAUCAUGCAGAUUUCUAUGAAUAAAUCUCAUUUGUA